CGGAGCCUUGUGUCCCAUCUCCAAUCCCCCUCCUCUUGCUCUCCUCGUGUGCUUCUGUGGAGAAACACUCGCUGCUUGUCUAGCUUCCAUUAUAUCGGCGUAGCUUGACCGGCCGGCUUGCGGAGAUGCCGGGCGGAGGGUUCGCCGUGUCGGCGCCUUCCGGCGUGGAGUUCGAGGCCAAGAUCACGCCCAUCGUCAUCAUCUCCUGCAUCAUGGCGGCCACCGGCGGCCUCAUGUUCGGCUACGACGUCGGCAUCUCAGGCGGAGUGACAUCGAUGGACGAUUUCCUGCGCGAGUUCUUCCCGGCGGUGCUGCGCCGGAAGAACCAGGACAAGGAGAGCAACUACUGCAAGUACGACAACCAGGGCCUGCAGCUCUUCACCUCGUCGCUCUACCUCGCCGGCCUCACCGCCACCUUCUUCGCCUCCUACACCACCCGCCGCCUCGGCCGCCGCCUCACCAUGCUCAUCGCCGGCGUCUUCUUCAUCAUCGGCGUCAUCUUCAACGGGGCCGCGCAGAACCUCGCCAUGCUCAUCGUCGGCAGGAUCCUGCUCGGCUGCGGCGUCGGCUUCGCCAACCAGGCCGUUCCCCUGUUCCUGUCGGAGAUCGCGCCGACGAGGAUCCGCGGCGGGCUGAACAUCCUGUUCCAGCUGAACGUGACCAUCGGCAUCCUGUUCGCGAACCUGGUGAACUACGGCACGAGCAAGAUCCACCCGUGGGGCUGGCGGCUGUCGCUGUCGCUGGCCGGCAUCCCGGCGGCGAUGCUCACCCUGGGCGCGCUCUUCGUCACCGACACCCCCAACAGCCUCAUCGAGCGCGGCCACCUGGAGGAGGGCAAGGCGGUGCUCAAGCGCAUCCGCGGCACCGACAACGUGGAGCCGGAGUUCAACGAGAUCGUGGAGGCCAGCCGGAUCGCGCAGGAGGUGAAGCACCCGUUCCGCAACCUGCUCCAGCGCCGGAACCGCCCCCAGCUGGUCAUCGCCGUGCUCCUCCAGAUCUUCCAGCAGUUCACGGGCAUCAACGCCAUCAUGUUCUACGCCCCCGUGCUGUUCAACACGCUCGGGUUCAAGAGCGACGCGUCGCUCUACUCGGCGGUGAUCACCGGCGCCGUCAACGUGCUGGCCACGCUGGUGUCGGUGUACGCCGUGGACCGCGCCGGGCGGCGCGCGCUGCUGCUGGAGGCCGGCGUGCAGAUGUUCCUGUCGCAGGUGGUGAUCGCCGUGGUGCUGGGCAUCAAGGUGACGGACAGGUCCGACAACCUGGGCCACGGGUGGGCCAUCCUGGUGGUGGUCAUGGUGUGCACCUACGUGGCGUCCUUCGCCUGGUCCUGGGGCCCGCUGGGGUGGCUCAUCCCGAGCGAGACGUUCCCGCUGGAGACGCGGUCGGCCGGGCAGAGCGUGACGGUGUGCGUCAACCUGCUCUUCACCUUCCUCAUCGCGCAGGCGUUCCUCUCCAUGCUCUGCCACCUCAAGUUCGCCAUCUUCAUCUUCUUCUCGGCGUGGGUGCUCGUCAUGUCCGUCUUCGUGCUCUUCUUCCUCCCGGAGACCAAGAACGUGCCCAUCGAGGAGAUGACCGACAAGGUGUGGAAGCAGCACUGGUUCUGGAAGAGGUACAUGGACGACGACGACCACCACCACCACAACAUCGCCAACGGCAAGAACGCCACCGUCUGAAAAGUGUUACUACUCCUACUAUGUAAAUGUAACACUGCCUGCCUGCACAACUCGACUUAGAAAGAAGAAAGAUGGAUACUGAGCUUUAUCGAUCGAUCUCAUCUCAUCUCGUAUCGACUGUAAGAUGUGCAGACACUUUCUCAGUCGCGAGCUCAACUAUUACACUGCUGACAUGCGACGAGGAACAGCAGGCAAUGCGGUAGUAAACCUUGCAGUUCUGUAUAAUAGGUACGGAAUACGUAGUAGUGAAGAGUAUUUCGGUCUUUCUUGUUUAGUAUCCUUUAUUAUUUAUGUGUCUAUUUGUU